GCCGGGGUCGGGACGGGCGCGCGCCGGCGGAGGGAGCGUCUGUCUCUGGCCGCUUCCGCGUGGACGAUGGCGGUGCCCGAGCCGCCGCUGCCGCUGCCGCGAGGAGGCCCAGGCUCCGCUUCGCUCUCCCCGCCCCGGGGAGACCGCACCCUCCUCGUCCGGCACCUGCCGGCCGAGCUGACGGCCGAGGAGAAGGAGGACUUGCUCAAGUACUUCGGGGCGCAGUCCGUGCGCGUCCUGUCCGAUAAGGGGCGCCUGAAACAUACAGCAUUUGCUACUUUCCCUAAUGAAAAAGCAGCAAUAAAGGCAUUGACAAGACUCCAUCAGCUGAAACUUCUAGGCCAUACUUUAGUUGUUGAAUUUGCAAAAGAGCAAGAUCGAGUUCAUUCCCCAUGUCCCACCUCAAAUACAGAGAAAAAGAAAAGAUCGGAUGACCUUGUGGAAGAUGAUAAAGAGAAGAAAGAGCCUGACUUUUUAACAAUAGAAAAUGGAAUUGCACCAAAUCAUGGGCUGACUUUUCCUCUAAAUUCAUGCCUCAAAUAUAUGUACCCACCACCUUCAAGUACAAUCCUUGCAAAUAUAGUGAAUGCUCUGGCAAGUGUGCCCAAGUUCUAUGUGCAGGUGCUUCAUCUUAUGAAUAAAAUGAAUUUGCCCACCCCUUUUGGACCUAUUACUGCACGACCCCCUAUGUAUGAGGACUAUGUGCCAUUGCAUGCACCCCUUCCACCUACAUCACCUCAACCACCUGAGGAACCUCCCUUGCCAGAUGAGGAUGAGGAUUUAUCUAGUAAAGAAUCAGAAUAUGAAAGCAGUGAUGAGGAGGACCGACAGAGAAUGAACAAACUAAUGGAACUAGCAAAUCUUCAGCCCAAAAGACCCAAAGCCACAAAGCCACGCCAAGUGAGAAAAAAGCGAAAAAUAAAGGAUAUGUUGAAUAUACCUUCAUCAACUUCACACAGUUUGCAUCCUGUGCUGUUGCCAUCAGAUGUAUUUGACCAACCACAACCUGUAGGCAAUAAAAAAAUUGAAUUCAAUAUAUCUACCAACAUGCCAGCAGCAUUUAAGAACGAUUUGGAGAAGGAACAGAACAACGAGGAAAAAAAUUCUGAUUUACCAGAUACUGGACUUGAUGAUUCAAAUACAGGAUUUGGAAAAAUUUUCCCCAAGCCUAAUUUGAGCAUCACAGAAGAGAUUAAAGAUGAUUCUGAUGAAAUGCCCUCACAAUGUAUUUCUCGAAGGGAGUUGGAAAAGGGUCGAAUUUCUAGAGAAGAAAUGGAAAACCUUUCAGUUUUCAGAAGUUACGAACCUGGUGAACCAAACUGCCGAAUUUAUGUAAAGAAUUUAGCUAGACAUGUUCAAGAAAAGGACCUUAAAUUUAUCUUUGGAAGAUAUGUUGACUUUUCUUCAGAAACACAGCGGAUAAUGUUUGAUAUCCGCUUGAUGAAAGAAGGGCGCAUGAAAGGACAAGCUUUCGUUGGACUUCCAAAUGAAAAAGCAGCAGCUAAAGCCUUAAAAGAAGCUAAUGGCUAUGUUCUUUUUGGAAAACCCAUGGUGGUUCAGUUUGCUCGAUCUGCUAGACCAAAACAAGACUCUAAAGAAGGAAAACGAAAGUGAUAGGAAUGGAUAAAGAAGCAUUCCUGCGUAAAUACUGCUGUAAUACUGUCAUACAAGUGUAUCCUUUCUUGUUGUAUCCUUUUUGGGGCAGUGGUUUUGUUUCUUUUUAUUUUCUAGAAAUGCUUUGUCUUCCUUCUAUCAUUUAUCCAGAUUAAGCAAAACUUUUUAUACUUCAUUCAAAUGAAAUGGUUCUCAAGUUAGUUUUGUAGCCUGAACAAAUAUUUUACAUGUAUUCUAGAUUCACUGUUUAACUUUCUAUGUUGUCAUAUAAUCAAGGAGUUUUUUUCAGAGAAAGUUAGUGAAUCAGGUCACUUAGUGUAUACCUAUGUUUGACUGCAGAGUGUGGUAGUAUUUCUUCUCUGUUGGCUUUCUGUUUCCUGGUAUAUCCCAUUGAGGUAUCAUUCUAGUUUCAUUUCUGUUGCUGUGACAAAUACCCUGACCAAAAGCAACUUAGGGAAGAAGGGGUUUAUCUGUCUUAUGAUUCCAAGUUACUGUUCAUUGUUGUGGGGAAGACGAGGCAUGAGUUUAAAAGCUCAUAUCUGCAGUCGAGCAGAGAGAGAAUAAAUGUAUAGAUCCUCACUUGCUUAGUCUGAGCUAGCUUUUUGCUCUCUUACACUGUCCAGGAUCACCUUUCCUAAGGAAUGGUGCUAUGCAAAAUUGGCUGGAUCUUUCAUCAGUUAAUAAUCAAGACCAUCUUAUGUCCUCAGACCAGCAUAGUCUAGAUAAUGGUUUAUUAGGACUGUUUCCCCAGGUUAUUCGAUGUUAUGUCAAGUUGACAAGGCUAUCCAGCAGAGUUGUUCUGUAUAACAUGUUCUAAAAUUUGACUGGGAAAGGAUCUUUUUUCCCUUUAUUAAUAAAUAUAUUGAAAUUAACAAAAUUCUAUAAAAAUCUCAAAGUAGAGUAACAGAUACCAUAUCGACAGUCUAAAUGAAAUGUCUUUGACAAGUGGAAGGAUUUCUCUUACUCUUGGUCUUUUCAAAACAAAAAUGAAAAAUUAAAGUAGAUUUAAAUAUAUAUAUAUGUAUAUAUAAAUUUUGAUAGACAUAUAUAAAUUUGAAAAGAAUAAUAGAUAAAACAUGUUAUACUUCAGAGAGCUUAGUAAAUUAUCUUGUAGAAAUAAGAACAGUGAUUCCAGGCUGUAUGAUGACUAGAAUCUCUCAGAACAGUUAGUCUCAAGUUUUCCUGCACACUUAAAUCCUGAUAACUCUAAAUUAGGUAAUAAUAUAUCACCCGUUUUCUGACUUAGAGUUUGAUUCUAGUAUUUUAUUAAUAUAGAGAGAGCCACCAAGGAAGAGUUUCUAUGUAUAAAUAUUUUUAGACUUUUAUCUUAGAACUAUAAAUCAAAAUCACUUGAAAUUACAUCCAAUAUAAUUUGAAAGGUUCCCUUAGUAAUAGAAAGCACCACUGACAAGUUUAAAUGCUACUUAGUUAAAGUGAUUGGCCAUUGCAUACCAACUUAGUCAUACAAUGUUUUUUUAGUAGUAAAAUAAAAAUCCUCAACAUUUUGUCAGAAAUGGUGCUAAUAUAAGUGCUAUAAAACUACUCAAAAUUCUCUUAUUUGUCACCCUAAUAUUAGGAACUUACCAAAAUUGAGAUUAUAUUCUCUUGAUAUACACAAUUGAAUUAGUUUAGAUUUAAGUAUUAUAAUAUUAUAAGUAGCAGUCAUUAAUAUAUAUUUUGUUGUGCUGACAUGAUUCACUAAUUUUCUACAUAUAAGUAUUUGGGCUUUUUAAAGUUAAUGAAUUGAAUUAUUAUUAUUUUUAAUGGGCUUUUGUGGUGUUUUAGGUUCCUUCUGAGUUCUCUGUCUUUCAAGUACUGUGGAACUAUGAGAGAAGAAAUUGGCGAUCUGGACCUUGGAACUGUGCGUAACAACUUUGAAAGCAUUCAAAAGUCUCAUAUCUUCACAUUAGUAUUUGGAGAUAUUUUAUAAUAGUUUAUUGCAUAUAUAAUAAAUUAUUUUCUUCUCA